GGCGAUACAAUAUCAACAAUCCUAGUUCUAGUUUGACGGACGCAGUGUCUAAAAAUUAAAAGUAGAAUUAAUUAAAGAAAAAACGUGUGCAAACGUGUGCAAAUCUCAGCACACGGGCAUCUAAUAAAGCAUUGUGAUUGUUAAGCCAUAAAUAGGAUAAAUUCGACGGAAACGUAUAAGCAUUGGUAUUGCGGGGCCGAAAACUUAUUGUGCGAGAACUAAAGAGAAACUUUUGUGCGUGUCACCGUCCGUCAUCCUCCACCCCCUCUCAAAGGCCAAGCAGCGUUGCGAUCAGCAACGGGCACAAACGGUAAACGUUGCCAGUGGUCCAACGAAAUGCAAUAGACUUUGCCCGCAUUUUGCAAUUUUCAUGAAUAUCUCAUUGUGACGGCAGGUGAAAGUGCCAUUCCAGAAGAACUACGCAACAAGCAAACAGACGGGAACUGCCAGGUCACACAGCCAAAGUGCUCAACUGAACAAGCAACAUGCCGGAAGAGGAGCCACCACAGAAACCAAUGGAUGAGCAGCAGGAGCCGCCACAGUCACCCAGCGCCAGCGAUGGAAAUGUUGACGAGCAGAUGCCGGUGACGCAAAAUGAUUCGUCUACAGAUUACGUUGUAACGGAGCUAUCCGCCGAAGAGAUGCGUGCUCGACGGCUGCGCACUUUGGCGGCGCGUAGCAGCAUCCUGAGUGCUGCUAAUGUUGUCGCGCCAUUGGCAGCCGAGAAACCAUCACGGAUUCAAGCAAACGUUCCGAGUGAAUCGCGUUUGGUGCGCGAAGUGUGUGCCGGCUCGAGCAGCAUGGAUACAACAAAUCCAUUGGGCGACAAAGAUUCCAUAACAUGGUCCGACUUGGGCAACAAACCGGACACGGAUGUGGAAAUGAAAUCGGUAGCAUCGACACCCAUACACGACGUUGAGAUGACAAGUGCACAUUCCAUCUGCGUGCCCAAAGCCGUGCAACAUAACUCGGAGCCCAAGCCGCAGAAAAAAGUGCCCAAAAAUGAUUCGUCAUUACUUAAGAACGCUGAUGAGCGCAACGAACAGAUGCUGUCGAGGCUAUUGAAUGCCACAUGGAAUGAAUAUGGCAGUGGCUCCAUCAUUUGUGUGCAAACUGCCAGCUUUCUGGAGCUAUAUCCUGAGCUACGUUUCGAAUUUGAGCCGAUUAUAACCAGUGUGCUGCUAGAGACUGCAUUUAAGUUCUACAACGAUGAGGUGGAUGAUAGCAUGAAGAUGGAUAGCGAUACGCCGCUUGCCACCGGUGUGACCGACGCCAAUGGCGACGAUAAGGAGUUCUCCUCGGCCAAAAAGAUCAAAAGCGACGACACCGAAGUCCAGGAAAUACUGGCCAAUGCCGUGGCCUCCAGCAGCGCCGCCGAAGAGGAUCAAGGCGCCAGUUCCAGUGCGACGCCCAGCCAGACUGAGAUAACGUCCAGCGAUGCUGGUGUCACUUGUGUGGUGCCUCCUCCCCUUAAUAUAGUGACUACCUCCAAGCACAAUGCCAUGCUACAUCUGCUGCGUUGCUAUCAGAACUAUCAAACCGAGCUAACUCGGUCCCGCGCCAACGAUGUUGGUCAACCAAUGGACGAUAGCACGCACAAGGCCUUGACAAUGGCAUUUACAAAUAUUAUGCGAGUAUCGGUGCUAGUUUUAACGGAUCGUAUCCAGCAGAACCUCAACUAUCAGCUGGACCAAUCAACCUUGCUGGAGCUCAUGUACAUGGACCGUGUAAGCGAAUCCUUCCUCAUUGACCUGGUGGCCGAAACGUACCAGCAACGCGAGAUUUUCGAUGAAAUAUUCGGUCAACUGCUGCGCGGUCUGUUCAGUGGCAUGCAACGCAACAUUUGCAGCUCAAAGAUCAAUACACAACAGAUCGAAUGGCUUUCCAAGUUGGUAGUCAUCAAGGUGGGCAAUGUCCGACCCAUUGCCGAUUUGGUAGCCCGCCAACCAAACUAUAUACCGCCCAUAUGCACAAAGAUACCGGGACGUGAAAUUGUCAAGUGCAGUUUCCUGGGCCCUUUCCUAUCCGUCUCCCUCUUUGCCGAGGAGAACGUCAAAUUUGCUGAAUACACGACCAAAAACAAACUUGAGGAAACCUCGAUAUCACGCCUACGCUGGGAACUGCACUCAAUGCGCACUCACAUGCAUACAGUUUUCCAUUCGCUGUGCGUCAAUGCCAGCAGCCGUCCCAAGACUCUGGAGUACAUUUCUCAAAUUCUACGUCACAACGAUCGUCGCGUGCAAUUCGCCAGCGAUGAAAAAUUGCUCGCUCGCGAUGGUUUCGUCAUCAAUCUGAUGAGCGUGCUGCAGCAGUUGUCGGUCAAGAUCAAAUUGGAUCGCAUUGAUCCGAAUUUCCACUACUACAGCAAUUCGCUGGUCAACAUCGAGCAGGAUACGAAAAUCCGUUACAGCGAGGAGGAGUAUAAGAACUUUUUGGCAAAGAAUUUCUCAACGCCAGCGGAGAAUGUGAAUUUCCAGACGCAAUGCUGGUUUCUUACGCUGCAAUCUCAUCAUCUCGGCUAUCUGCCAGCGAUUCAACGAUAUCGUCAAAAGGUGCGCGCCAUCAAGGAACUACAAAAGCUAAUUGACGAGCUGGAUCGCACCAAGCCCCACUGGGUGAACUCACGCUAUGCCAAUCGUAACAAUCAGUUCAAGGAGCGUUGGGAAAAGCAACUGCGCAAACUUAACCGCUCCAAGACAUGCAGUGAGAUAACGCUCCUCGAUCCCGCGCUCCUGCAGCGCUGCACUGAGUUCUAUUCGACUGUGUGCGAGUUUAUGCUUUAUCAAUUCGAGGGACGUCCCAUCGAGGGUCCGUUCAUCUCGAAGCUGCCGGUGCAGCAACUAAAACCGACUGACGCAUUUUCCGCACUGCCCGAGUGGUACAUCGAUGACAUUGCCGAGUUCAUAUUGUUUGCCAUGCAGCAUGCCAAUGUGGACAUCAGACAGGGCAUCGAUCAUUCGAUCAUCACAUGGCUGCUGACCUGCGUCUGCGCCUCGCAUCUCAUCAAGAAUCCCUAUGUAACUGCCAAACUGGUUGAGGUGAUGUUUGUGUUCUCCCUAAAGCCAGCCAAUUCAGUUAAUACAGCGAUGUGGAACCAUGAACUGGCACAGAAUGCGCUGGUCAGCGCGCUAAUGCGAUUUUAUGUGGAUGUGGAGACCACUGGCCAAAGCACUGAGUUUUAUGAUAAGUUUACUAUAAGAUACCACAUUAGCCAUCUAUUUAAAUCCAUGUGGGAGAAUCCCAUACAUCGUCAGGCUGUCAUCUGUGAGUCGCGUCAGGGCAAUCAGUUUGUGAAGUUUGUAAACAUGCUGAUGAACGAUACGACAUUCUUGCUGGACGAAUGCCUCGAGAAUCUUAAGCGCAUACAUCUAACACAACAGCUAAUGUCUGAUGUGAAGAACUGGAGCGGAAUGAGUGCCGAGCAGCAGCAGAGCCGCCUCACUCAGCUGGCAACGGAUGAGCGUCAAUGCCGUUCCUAUUUAACGUUAGCUCGCGAGACUGUUGAUCUAUUUCAUUAUUUGACCAGCGAUAUCAAGGAGCCGUUUAUGCGCGCCGAGCUUGUUGAUCGCCUGAGCUCCAUGCUAAACUUUAACUUGAAACAACUGGCUGGGCCCAAGUGCAACGAUCUGAAAGUGAAGAACCCAACCAAAUAUGGCUGGGAACCGCGCAGUUUGUUGGCCCAAAUCUUUGAUAUAUAUCUCCACUUGGACUGUGAUAGAUUCGCGCAGGCAUUGGCUGCCGACGAACGCUCAUUCGAUCUGCAAAUUUGCAAUGAGGCAGCGUCACGCAUCAAACGCCUUGGGAUACGUUCCGUCGUGGAGGUAGAACGGUUCAAAGCGCUCACCCAGCGGGCUCACGAAAUAUAUGUUUCCAACCAACAGACUGAAGAUGAGUGCGCCGAUGCGCCCGAUGAGUUUAAGGACCCACUGAUGGACACAUUGAUGUCGGAUCCAGUUGUGCUGCCCUCUGGCACUGUGAUGGAUCGUGCAAUUAUCACACGUCAUCUGCUCAACAGUUGCACGGAUCCGUUCAAUAGACAGCAUCUUACUGAGGAUAUGCUGGUUCCGAAUAUUGAACUGAAGCAGCGCAUCGAUGCCUGGCGCAAGGAGCAGCGGGGCAAGCGAAACAAUAGCUAAGGCAACCAGAUCUUAAACGAUAAUCUACAAUCAUACGUAGCUUAAUGUUCAGUUUUAGUGUCUACCUAUAACUCUAUAAAAAUUUAUAUUAUCUUAUAAUUAUUAUAUGUAUAUGCAGCUAGAAUUUCCACUUAUAUUUCAGUUUCCAUUUGGGGUAGUCGCAGUCGUUUCUAAAGAUUCUCAAAGUCCACCAUACUAGAAAAAAAAAACGGUGUAUUAUUUUGUUGAUUUUCAGAUUUCUCAAAACUAUUGUAAAUGUUGAAAAAUGCAAUAAUUUUAAUUAUUUAAGUACAUACUAUAUAUUGCUUAAUUGAUUGUUUUUGUAUAAUUUCAUUUAGAAAAAAAUAUUGUUUCUGUAAAAAUUCACGUUCACAAAUACUUCAGUUAUUAUAAUAAAUAUAUAUAUAUAUUUUUUUUUUUUGUAAUUUCAAUUCAAACGUGACGGAUUUUUCCUCAUCGAACACCGAAAUGGGCUUGUUUUUUGUUUUCUUAUUUCUUCUUUUUACGUACGGUACGAGCUGCGACUACCCCAAAUGUUGAUUAGGUGCCACAGCUUAGCUCGUGCUUAACAGAAUUUGGAAUUUAAUUGCAACUGGAAUUUACAAUAAAGUUUUAAUGAAGCGUAUUUCUAAUAUAAAUUAUA